AUGGGAUCCAUCGAAGGAGAGCUUCAUAUUCUUUCUCUUUUUGACAACUGCUCCGAUGGAGAGAGCGGUAUGAUGUGCUAUCCAGCCGGAGACCAAGCAAAGCCGCUAUGGCUGAGCUAUAGAGAUCUCCAAACUCUGGCUGGCCACAAGGCAUCCAUGCUUCGCCUCUGCAAUAUGUCUCCCCCUGGAAGCAUCACCUUGAUUCACUUCGAUACCCAACUCAACAACAUUAUCUGGUUUUGGGCCUCUAUAAUGGCCUGCUAUAUUCCAUGCUUGUCAACACCACUGGUCAACAGCAGAGAGGGCCGCAUCUCGCAUUUUAAUCACCUCAAGGAGUUGCUUCUUGACCCACUCGUCAUUACCGAUGAGGAACUAGCCAAGAAAGAUUUUAUGGACAAUGAAUCACUUCGAAUCGUUCCUGUCGAGACUAUCGAGAGCCCCAACAACCAAUCUUCAUCAUCCACAGACACUACAUCCAACCCGCGCGUGUCUUUUGGGACAACGUCUCUCCAUGGAAUUGCGGCCCUCAUGUUGACCUCUGGAAGUACUGGAAAUGCCAAAGCAGUUACUUUGUCGCAUGAGCAGAUCUUUGCGUCUGUUCAAGGCAAGGCAGCUUGGGCCCCAUCACCAAAACGUUCCACAUUCCUCAACUGGGUUGCCAUGGAUCAUGUUGCUAGCUUGACGGAAAUUCACCUGUCUGCCAUGUUCUGUGGAUUUGACCAGGUCCAUGUUCCAGCAGCGAACAUCGUUCCAAAACCCCUAUACUUCCUGCGACUUCUAUCGAAAUAUCGCGUGGUCAAGACUUUUGCUCCGCAGUUCUUCCUGGCCAAGCUCCAGAAGGAGCUGGAAACUGCAUCCCCCGCGGAUCUUGAAGGCAUUGAUCUACAACACCUUCUUUACAUAAUCUCUGGUGGAGAAGCAAACCAAGUUCAAACAUGCUUUCGCGUGGCGGAGCAACUUGCGAACCUUGGGGUCACGAACAAAAAUGUGAUUAUGCCUGGGUUUGGAAUGACUGAAACAUGUGCUGGAUCUAUCUACAGCCGGUCUUGCCCUGAAUGUGACGUUCAGGCGGGUGCAGAAUUUGCCGGCCUUGGUGAUUGCGUCCCUGGGAUUCAAAUGCGGGUUUUGCCAAUUUCAUCAGAUGCGGAUUAUCUUAUUGAAGAAUCCGCUCCCACAAACACUGGAUCUCUUGAGCUACGUGGUCCUAUUGUCUUUCAAGGAUACUUCAACAAUGAAGAGGCGACACGUGAAGCAUUUACCGACGACGGGUGGUUCAAAACCGGUGACCUGGCCUCCAUCGAUGACAAUGGCCAUCUCAGACUCAUCGGAAGAUCAAAGGAUCUCAUCAAUAUCAACGGUGUGAAGUACAUUCCACAUGAGAUUGAGACCGCUAUUGAGCAAUCUCGGAUUCCAGGCGUGGCACCACAUUUCAUUGCCUGUUUUGCCCACCGUUCCCAGGGCUCCCCCACAGAAGAAGUGUUCGUCGUUUACCAACAUGAAUAUGAGCCCAAUGAUGUCGCAUCGCGUUUGCAGACCCUCCACUCCGUCGUCCGGAUCGUUCUCCUAUUUACCGGAACUCGCCCCUGUGUCCUGCCACUCGCCCCUGGCCAAUUGGAAAAGUCAACUCUUGGAAAGCUGUCACGUACCAAGAUCCAGAAAUCAUUGUACCAGGGUCAAUACCGUGAUCAGGAAGAGCUAAACUCUCAGCUCAUUGAAGCUCACCAAAAGGCCAAUUUCCAAGCCCCACAAACCGAGAUUGAGAAGACGCUGAUGCGACUUUUGUUGACCACCCUGGGACUUGAAGAUAUUCAAAUUAGCAUCGACACCCCCACCCUUGACGCGGGUAUGAGCUCUGUUGACCUUAUCCGUCUCAAGGUGGCCUGUGAAAGGGAGUUCGGCAUUCCGGAGAUCCCCAUGAUCACAGUCAUGACUAAUAUCACCAUUCAGUCAUUGGGUGUUGCUAUCAAGAAGCUCUUGCAAUCCGAGUCUGGUCCAGUUCAAUAUGACCCAGUCGUGACUCUCCAGUAUGCCGGCGCUCAGGCUCCUCUCUGGUUGAUCCAUCCCGGUAUCGGUGAAAUCCUGGUCUUCCUUGGACUUGUUCAAUAUUUCCCUGAUCGACCAAUCCAUACCCUGCGUGCUCGCGGGUUUAACGCCGGCGAAGAGCCUUUCCGAGACCUGGAUGAUGUUCUGCAGUGUUACUACGCCGCAUUGAAGGAAAAGCAACCUCAUGGCCCAUACGCAAUUGCCGGUUACUCAUACGGCAGCAUGGUUGCCUUUGAAAUUGCCAAGCUUCUAGAGGCGAAUGGCGAUACAGUCCAGUUCGUUGGCUCAUUCAAUCUGCCACCUCACAUCAAAACACGAAUGCAGCAGCUAGAUUGGACCGGAGGUCUGAUGCACAUCGCUCAUUUCUGUGGUCUGAUUACCGAAGAGCGAUCCGAAGAACUCACCUUGGAAAUCAAGGCUGACAACGUGGAAGGAUCGGAUCAGGUUGCUAUGGUUCUAUCAGAGAGUGAUCCCGAGCGCCUUGUAGAUCUUGCUUUGACGCAAGAGUCUCUCACCACUUGGGUCAAUGUUUCAUUUGCUCUUCAGAAUAUUGGCUGGGAAUAUGAGCCUUCAGGAUCUGUAUCUGGUAUGGAUAUCUUCUAUUGCCAGCCUUUGAAGGUCGUUGCCAAGACGCGUGAGGAAUAUCGCAACACAAAGUUGAAUCACUGGGUGGAUUUUGCUCGCAAUGAAGUCAGAUACCAUGAGGUUGGCGGAGAGCACUAUACGAUGAUUGGGCCUGACUAUGUUCCAAAAUUCCAGCAGACUCUCAAGAAUGCCUUGGCAGCGCGUGGACUCUAA